AUGCUAGCCAAAGAAGUCGGAGCAUCAAGGUUGGAAGUCAACAGCGACUCCCAAGUCGUCACUUCCCAAGUAAACGGCAGCUACCAGGCCAAAGACACGCUGCUACAGAAAUACUUGGAAAAAGUAAAAGAACUAUGCAAAGGCUUCGAGGAAGUAACAAUCCAGCAUGUUCCCAGAGAAAGGAACGCCCGAGCCGACCUCCUCUCCAAGCUCGCAAGCACUAAACCCAGCACGGGGAACAGAUCUCUGAUCCAAGGGCUGGCAACAGAACCUGCGAUCAUCAUGUGCGCAACCCAAGCACCAAACCCGCCCUCAUGGUUAGACCCGAUCUCCCGAUAUCUAGAGCAUGCAGAAGCACCUCCCAACCAAAAAGAGGCGGAAUUUAUCAAAAGAGAGGCCCCCAAGUACACGAUCAUACAGGGACAUCUGUACAAGCGAGGGCUCCACCAACCACUAUUAAAGUGCCUGCGCCCCGACCAGACAGACUAUGUCCUGAGGGAGGAGAAUGCCAACUUCCACAAAGCGCCUCCCGCAGAACUCAACCUAAUGUUGGCCCCCCGACCUUUCGCCCAGUGGGGAGUCGACCUCCUGGGCCUAUUUCCCCCAGGACCCGGACAGGUGAAGUUCGGGAUACCAAAAACCGUCAUAUCGGACAACGGGACCCAGUUCACCGACAAGAAGUUCAAAGGAUUCUUGGAAGGACUAGGGAUCAAGCAAAAGUUCUCCUCAGUUGAAUACCCUCAAACCAACGGCCAAGUUGAAGCAGCCAACAAAGUUAUCCUAAAAGGGUUGAAAAAACGACUCGAGGGGAAAAAGGGCUCAUGGGCAGAAGAACUAGCCCCAGUACUAUGGUCGUACAGGACCACACCCCAGUCAUUCACCGGGAAAACCCCUUUCCGACUCACAUACGGGGUCGAUGCUGUCAUCCCAGUCGAGAUCGGGGAACCGAGUCCGAGGCUGCUCCUCGGUGGGGGUAGCGAGGCCGUUGAAAAAGACCUAGCCGACGAGACAAGGCAAAUGGCGCACCUGGCAGAAGCAGCAAUCAAGCAGAGAGUGGCCCUCAUAUACAAUGACAAAGUACUGAAAAGGAACCUGGGAGAAGGCGACCUGGUCCUACGACAAAACGACAUAGGUCCCCCGACACCAGGAGAAGGCAAGCUAGCCGCAAACUGGGAAGGACCUUACAGAGUAAAAGAAGUCCUCGGCAAAGGGAGCUACAAGCUAGAAAGGUUGAAUGGGAACGAAGUACCGAGGACAUGGAACAUGGCGAACCUCAGAAGGUUCUACGCGUAA